GCAGGGGGCGUCUUUUGUGCGCAGUCACGUCGCUGCUUCGCCGGGCGGGAUUUCCGCAAUAAUAUCAAAUAUGGCGAAAACAUACGACUAUUUGUUUAAAUUACUGUUAAUCGGGGACUCUGGUGUCGGGAAGACAUGUGUCCUGUUCAGGUUCUCAGAGGACGCCUUCAACUCAACGUUUAUCUCCACAAUAGGCAUCGAUUUCAAGAUUAGGACGAUAGAGCUUGACGGGAAGAAGAUAAAGUUGCAGAUAUGGGACACAGCAGGCCAGGAGCGCUUUCGAACAAUCACAACAGCCUACUACAGAGGAGCAAUGGGCAUCAUGCUCGUCUACGACAUCACCAACGAGAAGUCUUUUGAGAACAUCAAGAACUGGAUAAGGAAUAUAGAAGAGCAUGCAUCAUCUGACGUUGAGAAGAUGGUACUUGGCAACAAAUGUGACAUCAAUGACAAGCGGCAGGUUUCCAAAGACAGAGGAGAGAAGCUUGCACUUGAGUACGGAAUCAAGUUCAUGGAGACGAGUGCAAAGGCCAACAUCAAUGUGGAAAAUGCAUUUUUGACGCUCGCCAGAGACAUCAAAUCGAAAAUGGACACAAAAUUGGAGGGCAACACGCCACAGGGAAGCAGUCACGGAGUCAAGAUCUCAGAGCCUCAGAAAAAGACCAGCUUCUUCCGCUGUAGCCUACUCUGAGGACCGGGGCCUUUUCACACUGGCACAGCCCCGCUGGCUGGACAUAAAUGGACUGUGCUCGCUCUUAGCACUUCCUCCUUCCUCUUUCUCCCCCGUCAUGGCCUGUCCUCCCAGUCCACAGAAACCAUUAUAUUCUCAGUAAGCGGAGGCCUUCCCCCUCCUCUCUUCCUCUUCUGAAAGCUUCCAGAGGUGCAUCUCUUCCAUUUUAAAGAGAGAUCUGUCAAAGUGGUGGGCUGGUGGAGGACUUGGCCAGGAUCAUUAUCCAGAUGUUCCACCUCACACAAAAGACAGGCUCUUACUUCUGAAGUUAGUCUCUUCAUUCUAAGCACUGAUGUUUCGCACAGGCGGUAGCACAACUGAGGAUGGGAAAUCAUUUACUAGUUUUGGGAUUGGAAUACAAAUGUGAUAUUUAGAUAUAUUUUUUAUUAGAGCUCUUUCCCUUUUUAUGUGACAGACGUCAACCAGAGGCCGACGGGCUUGAGCUCCAGUGGAACAGAGCUGUUUUCGUUUUCAUUUCAGCAGCUGAUAGUGAAGUCAAGGGUCAGAGAGAAAUUUGAAUUGGAAAGGUUUUCACUUGCGCUUUUGUUUGCGUGUAGUUCUCGACAAUCAUUUGAUGCAUCCAAAAAGAAUAUGUGUUUCUACAAGCCCUGAUCUCUGCUCGCAACUCUUUUCAGUAUUGAGUGCCAGCUCGUAAGUGCUGGGAAGCAGUUUGGAAACAAAAUACUUGACAGCCUGGAAAUGUGUCUAUACAGAUUUAAGUUGUGCUGUCAAAGUGUCGGCUGAACAAUUUAUGAUGGAUUGGCAUGUUUUUGUUGAACCACUCUGAUCUAAGAGAAGGUACUGUAGAAAACGUAAUGUGAAGGUGAUUUAAGUACACGAUAUUGGAACAUAUCUCCCAAGUUCUUCUUGCAAGCACUUAACAACCGCAAUGAAACCUUAAUUUAAAGUUUAAAAGCCCAAGGGGAUGUCCCCCAAGUCCAAAAAGCAUUUAGUUUACCACCACAUUAGAUGAAAAAUGGUGCAAAGUCUCACAUUUGAGAAGCUGAAACCACCAAAUGUUUGGAUUUUUUUGCUUGAAGAGUUGAUUCUUCUCUCUUGAUUGACUCGUGAGGUUGCUUUAAAGAAGAUGAGCCUUUCACUUGAAAAAGUUUUACUUCCAGCUCUGAUUCACAGUCGAGCUAAAUGACGUCUCUGGUUAACUGAUCAGCAAUUUAACAAAACCACUCGAGGAUUCCCACUCUGUGGCCCUUUCCCCUCUGCUAUCCAUGCAGCUCUCCUUGCACUUUACCAAUAUAUUGUGUUUUGUGUGUAGCCUGUGCCAAGUGAUAGUUACAAUUAAUAAAUAAAAAAAACACCUUUGAUCUUUAAUUCUUGGUAAUAUAAUGGGCGUAUUAUACCAAAAUUUACUUAUAAAUGACUCGAUCUCUUAUGCUAUUUCACUGCUAACGAUCCACCGUCCUGUUAUUAGUCCACUUAAAAACAACAGUCGUUUGUGUGUAUUAAAAAAAAAAAAAAAAAAAAA